GCUGAGCACCAGAAAUUCCCGCUGCAACAGCGCGGACAGCAAGCAGGACCUUUUUGCAUCAAAGUGCAAAUACAACCAGGACCCCGCAAGGGGGUUGAUGGAAGGAGCUGGUCAAGAGCUACAAGCAGUAGCGGGCCAAAACGAACUACACACGAAAGGAGCUGGAGCAGGGAUGUCCCAUCCCCUGUCGUGCACCAGCAUCGAUUUCAACGGGGGCACCCAGCGACAAGUGCAGAAAAUGCUGCUGCGCCGAAACAGCCGCCCACCGCCGAAGCGCAAGGACCCGCUCGAAAACGUGGACUGGAACAGGCUGGGGCCCUCGGACUUCAACUGCCUGAAGCUGUUGGGUCAAGGAACGUUUGGAUCCGUGAUCAAGGUCUGCAUGCGGGACGACCCGCGUGUGAAUUUGGCAAUGAAGAUCAUCGUGCAGAAGCAAUACAAAGUGCAGAACAUCGUCAGUCGCUACUACGCCGAAGAGCACGUUCUGCGAGCGUUAAAGCACCCGUUCAUCGUGUUGCUAUACGCCUCCUACUCGACCCCGCUCCAUUGGCUUCUGGUAUGCACAGCUUAUUUUAUUUUGUGAUUCUGAUUGCGAGCCUCUCUUUCAGGAGGUAUGUGAAAUGAACUUAUUUUUGUCGGAGAGUCCGCGAAAAAAGUCUUAUUUUAUGUCCCAAAUAAAGGUGAUGGAGUACUGCCCGGGCGGGGACCUGCACGACUGGCUCGUGCAAGAGGGGACGCCGGGCUUGCUGCCAAUCCAGGUGCUGAAGGCCGGUACGGAAAUCUUAUUGGCGCUGGAGUACCUGCACGGCAAGGGCAUCGUUUUCCGCGACCUGAAAUGCGAAAACGUGAUCCUGUCUGCCCAGAAAACCUGCCGUCUGACGGAUUUCGGGCUCGCCAAGGAGGACAUCGGGGCCACCGACACGGACGGGCUGACCUCGUUCUGUGGCAGCUACGGGUACUGUGCCCCGGAGGUGCUGGCGCUGAAGGACAAGAACCGUCGCGGCGGCGAAAUAAAGUCGCCCAGUAGGAACAAGGCGGACGAAUUAGUCCGUGGGUUGACGAACGGAAAGGACAACAGCAAGGAGAGCAAGAAAUACGGUACCGCGGUAGACAUCUACUCCCUCGGGGUCGUGCUCUACAUGCUCGCCACGGGGGGACACAUCACGAAAAAGACCGAAACCAACAAAAAGCGGUCGCCAAACAGAAAUGAUAAAGCGGCAGGCACCAGGGUGGUCAACACCCCGCGAGAUGGUGAAGCGGGAGCAGACGGCGGUAAGCAGGAUAAAAAUCUUGCCAGGGCGGGGAGGGCGGCUGGCGUCGACCUGAAGCGAGAUCCGUCGGGAAAUCUUGUCGUCGACACCGCCGUCAAUUCGACGGCCGCGAGAAAUUUUGCAAAGAAGAGUCUGCCGACGUCUAUUCAACAGCGACCGCGUAAUUCGAGGGAAAAAGGGAAAGAAGACGGUGCGACAGCGGCUUUAUUUCAACAACAUGCACCUCCGGGAACCAAGAACCCGACACUGACGGACCGACCAGCGGUUCUGGUGGACGAAGGCGCAGAUCCGCGGAGAUUAGAUUUUCGGCCGGGCGACAGAGUCACGGACGUGCUCGGCAUCAAAGAGGCGGGUGGAGGAACAGCAGACAGGACUUCUACUAGCAGGGCGAGAGUCAAAAUGUCGGUCGCGAACGAAAGAGAUCCACGUGCUCUGAGGACUGGACGACAAGAGCAGAGGGUUGCCCCAUUUGUGGAGACUACAGAGAACCGAUCCCGCAGUUCUUCCAAAGCCACGGAGGGGAGUAGUUUGGCCGGCCGCCGAGCUGUUCAUAGGAAUGCCGCAAAUAAUCCGAAUGCAGUAAAGAAAAAGGACCACCAGCACCACGAGGUUUCCCUGGGCACGGUGGCCGCGGUGCUUUUCCCCUUCAGUAAGAACUUCAAUUUUUUGCACCCCUCGGAAUCCAGGGGGGUUCUGGACCUCUCGCAAAUCGAGACCAAGGAGCAGACCGAGCUGCGGUUUCCCCCGAACUCCCCGGAAGACUUGCACUUAGAGCUGGCCUACAUGAUGGUAAAAGACAAUCCCACCAUGCAGCUGCUGGACGAACUGCAGCGGCUGGAAACCCUGAAAAGACAACAAUACGCGGCCAAGAAGGCUCUGAACAAUACGAAUCCUACCCCGGUACCACGGCCGCUAGCCACCGACAACACCCUGCGGACCACUGGAGGUGGCGAAGUUGGCGACGGGGCGAAAGAAAAACAGCAAAGCGGAAAAAUGAAAAAGAUAGUGGCCGCCGGGGAAAAGGAAAUGACGGGAACAAGACCGGACCGGAAUUCUACAAGGGACGACGCAGCACGACCACACAGACAGGAUCUUCGGCAUCGGCAGGUGGGGCCGCCUCCUCCGGCUGGACAUCAUACUAAAAACCAUGUUCAAGAACGGCAUGAAGGGACGAGCCAGCAAUCUGUUCAUUAUAACGGCGGUAGCAAUCGGACGCGGUGGCAGGGUCCCAGCAAGGAGCAGUUACGGUCCGUGAAGGACACCUACGAGCGGUUUAAGCAGCACCCACAUUUGCUGGAGCUCGUCUACACCAUGACGAAUCGAGAUCCGCACUUGCGCGGGUCCUGCUCCACCGUACGCUCGUCCAAGUACUUCAUGAAUGUGGACUUUAUGCUCGCCUUGGUGAACAGCGGCCGGUACUUCCGGGACAUGCAGCGCCGGCGCGAGAAAGUGGAAAAUCCGUUCAGGCACCGGAGCGGGAGCGGCACGAGCAGCCAAUACCCGAGCAAGAGCGAGUUAUGUGCUGCAGGAGGACAAAAUGUUGAGCCUGUGGCGGCUGCGGCCACCACCGCAAUUAGUGGGCAGCGCUCGUCCAAAAGUAGGGGAGAUCGGAAUUACUAUCUUGCCGGGGCUAGUAGGACAUCUGGGCAGGUCGACGCGCGGCUACGGCCUCAAUGCGAGCGUGAGGAAACUACAGAAGGAACAACCCGUCCGCUGCCGGUCGUGCACCCGCGCGAAAAUACUAAGCCCGUGCGGCCACGUGACGCUGGAGUUGUUGCAACGUCGUCUAUGUCGGGGAGAGUUCUUGCAGGAGGCGCAUCUUCACAAGAGCAGGAUGAACCACUUCAAACGAGAGCCGGACCCACAGCAGCUCCCGUGAUGCCGCCGCUGCGCGAUCUUAGCAGGAAGACGCGUGGCCAACAUCAAGAAUGGGGCCAACGACCCCCGCCCCUGAGAGAUGAAGAACAUCGACAGAUGCCGGUGGUGCUAUCCAACGAGGCUUUGUCACGGCACGAGAAGAAAUUUCCCGCGCAGCACUUUCACCAGGCGAAUAACGGGCAGCAGCAGUUUUUUGGCCACGAAACAAGGGGCUCUUCGCCGGAAUCGUCUCGUGUGGCGGGAGUUGAUGUAGCGGCAAUGGCACCUCCUCUUCAUCUGGGACGAGGCGGAGGACUUACACAGGCUGUUGCGCGCGGAAGAAGCGAAGACAGUGGCCGAGGAGAGACCACUUAUUCUGCUCUCCCGCUUCGCGGAACAUCAACAAGCGCGACAUCAUCUUCCACCGCGAUGGUGAUGCACAGCCAGAACAGUAGUACUGAUCGAAGCAGCUCCAGUGCUCGGAAGGAACGGGUAAGAAGAACCGUACCAGACACGACAGCGCAACAAGAAGACUUGGAUCGGCACGAUCGGAGCAUCUCCGAGGUGGUGGACCCCAGAAGUUCUUACGCGAAGGGCCGCUUUACGACUAGCACCCGGGCAACAAUGUCUUCGCCGCUGGACGAUUCGUUUUGCGAGGUCGGCAGGAUAGUAAAACCUGGUCGCAGCACGAACAAGAGCACUUCUAGGUCCAGCAUUCCGUCCGCUAGAGAGACAAGGCAGGAGAUGCUAAACCCGACCGGCGAUGUUGAUGAUCGUGAUGAACAAGAAGAUUGUUCCUUUUUGCGCCAAAUCAUGGCGCAUCCACGGACCACUCAGCUCGACGGGCAAGAAGACUUUGCUGUUCUAGGUGCUCGAAAUGGAUCUCUAUCGUCUGCUACAUAAAAGGAAGCUUGCUCUUCGGUGGUAUGUGAUGCGUAAACAUAAAGAAUAAAAAAGGAUCAUGAUGAUCUGCUCUUAUGACUGUCGACGGCUUUUGUUUAUCAGUGGAGGCCUGCUGCGUGGGUGUUGUUCUGCGGGAUCUGUUCAAGAGACUGAAUGACUCUGGCGACUCGAAGCAAAAC